AUGAAUAAAGCAGCAAAAGAUCCAACGAUCAAUUCAAAACCGUUGAGACGAACGCUUGAAGCGGCACCUGUGGGAGCAUUAGUGGAUGCAGGAGAGGCACCUGAUGGUGCAGAAGCUGGUGGUGCUGCGCCUGAUGGUGCUGCGCCUGAUGGAGCUGGUCCGGCUGGUGCUCCAGAUGGAGCUGGUCCUCCUGGUGCUGGUGCACCAGAUGGAGCUGGUCCUCCUGGUGCUGGUGCUCCCGAUGGUGAUGCAUCUGGUGCUCCCGAUGGAGCUGGUCCUUUAGGAUUAGGUCCUGGUGCUCCUGAUGGAGCUGGUCCUUGUUGGUCAGUACUGUCGGGAUUAACAGAAAAAUACAAAUUAUUUAAAUUGAAAAAAUACCGAAAUAAAAAUAUUGAAAUUUCAAAGUUUACUAGAAUUAUAAACUUACGGUUGUUGAGCAAGGACACUAGCAAAAAGAAUGCAUACGAUAAGGAAGAUAAGUGUAUUCUUAGUGAUAUUCAUUUUGUAUGA